GGUGAGUGACUGAUUUGUGACGUAACUUUAGGCGCCCGCGAUCUACACCGGAGCUCAACGUUUUGCAACCGAUUUUGGAAGCGUGAAACUCGUCGGAGAACUGUGUCAAGCCAUCGCGUCGUUGCCGGCAGGAACCAUGAGCAAAGACCUGCAGCUGAGGAUCAACCUUUUGAAAUGUCUGAACAGUGUUUUCCUUCUGCCAAACUUGAAGAACGUGCUGACGUCUGGAGGAAGUACCGUAAUCCCCUUAAAUACACCGGAAGUACUCGAAUUGCAGAACGUUUUAAAACAGUGCUCCAAAGACCCUCUGAUGAUGAAGCAGAAGGAGAAUCAGCGAAGAAUGCACAUGCUUAUGAAAGCAGUCUUGGAUGGAAAGUCAGUUCCGUUAGAGGACCUAUUGUUCGUUUUCAAUCUCUUCGCUAAGGACCUGACCGUAAACUUGAAAAAUGUCCAGCAGCUGGUGAGUCUGAUGACAAACCGAGGAAUUUUCCAUGUCGAUGAAAUGUGGAAAAUCGUUCGCAAUUUGAACGCUUUGAAGAGACAGCUGCUCGACGUGCCAACCAUCGCUCAUGUGAUCGGUCAAGACCUGGUUCUCAGGUACGAUGGACGGAUCAUGUCGAAACAAGCUGUGAUGAAUGAAAUGUCGGAUUUGGACAUCAUCAGUCGGAAAACUCUUUUAAGGAUGGAUAACCCAAAGCCAACGAAAAAACUACCGGUGGUCGACUACACGACUGCGAAGAUGGCAGUCGAAAUGUGCAAAUUCCUUUGCACUGUACAAAAUGCGUUGAACGUGAAUGACCAACUGGCCGUGGUAGUCGUCCGUGACGUUGAAAAGGUAUUUCUUAGACCUGAAAUCAUGGCCGCCGUUUUACUUGGAAGACGAGCCCCAUUGUCAGCGCUGGCGGAAAACGACGCCAAAGAACUACGCCUGAAUCUUCAACGUCUGCUGACUAACAGACAGAGAAAAGAGGCCCUGUCUCUUGUCUCCCUCAUGAACCUCUUCAACGAAAUAUGCUCUACAAUUACAGUUCCAGCGCAACUAUUUUUGCGCGCCUUCGCAGGUCUGAAGGUUCUGGGUGUCUUGCACGACGACGAUAUCAAGGAGAUUCGCAACCGAUUGUCAAGAAUGAAGCCACCCCUCACGCUGGGCAUGUUCCUGCAGGCUGUUGGCAACAAACUGUUCGUCAAAGAAGACGGCCGCGUUGUAACUAAGCGACGGAUGGUCCUGGACAUGAUGGGCGACGGAGUCGCUGUCAAGAAGGUAAAUCCUUUUGAAAUAAACUGUAACUGAAC